AACAUAAAGCCUGAACUUUAUCUCCGGCUCUGGUUUCGUGUUAGAAAUGGUUACUGGUAUUCACAAAGCGAGAAAGAGAGAAGAUGUGUUUAUCCAGGAUUCAGAGUCUGAGACUGGUAGCAGUACUGGAGGACUGUUCACACCAGCUGGAAAUACUGGGACAUAUUCUCGCAAUGCGGAUACGCAGGGAAAGACCUGCACAGGAGAAAGCCAAGCUCAGGAAGUUGACAAGGGAUUGCUGAUGUCCAAGCUACAUUUGGAGCUGGAGGAGAAACAGUGUUUUAGCUCUCUGCUGCAGGCUGUGGAGGAAGUCGAGCAGAGGAGAAGGGAUACGAACAUGAAAAGGGAGGAAAUGAAACAAGUGGACAAGAGAAGACAGACUCUUCUGAAACAACAAGAGGAGCUCCAACAGAAAACUCUCAAACUGCAGGUCAUACACCAUGAAGCAAACAAGAAAGAUCAUUUGUUAAAGAUGAGAAGCAAAGAGAACAUUAAGGAGAACGACACUGGGCUGCAGCUCAGGAAGAUCCAGAGUGAGACCAGUCAGGCUGAGGCACUGCUGGAAGGGCAGCUGGAGCUGCUGAAGAAACAGUUGAAGGAGGAGGUGAGAGUUCACGAGGAGUCUCAGAAAUUCCUGCUGAAGCAGCAUGAGGAGCUGCAGCAGCUGCUGCAUGAGCUGCAGAAGCACACAGAGCAGAUGGUGCAGGAGAAGAGCAAGCAGCUCCACAACAUGUGCUUCAAAAAGGACCUGAACUUAGACAGGCUGGAGGACAUGAAAAUGAAGUUCAAGGAGAUGGAGCAGAUGGUGAUGGAGGACAGGGAGGAGCAAGAGAAACUGUACCAACAGCAGGCACGGAUCAGAGCUGCCACCAAGCUGCAGGCCUGGUGGAGAGGCUGCAUCGUACGCCGAGGACUCUGCGGUUUUAAAAAAGCUGAGAAAGGCAAGAAAGGGAACAAGAAGGAAAGAAGGAAAAAGAAGAAAUGACUUUUUGAUAGUGCUGCCGAAUGUCAUUGACAUGAUCAUCUGAAUAAAAACAAACACUAAUGCAG